AUUUUCGGGCAGCCGGAAACUACCGAACUUGUGAAGAGAUGUCAAAUGACUUCCUGUACAUAAAAAAAGUCAUGUCUUGGUAAAGAUGAUGUUAUGCACUUGUCUCAGUUCCAAUCACCUUGUUAGGAUUUUAUUUGUUCCGAGGAACUCACCGAUGAAGUCAGCGCAUUCCAUAUAUUGAUAAAAGAAAUGAGUGAACUACAGAAGUCACAAGAUUACCAGAGUUUUAGGAGCACCAUUUCCCAGAAGAAGAUUGUAGUUGACGAUGAUGGGAAAAAGGUAUGGACUCUGUACGAUGCUGGACCCAGACAUAUCCGCUGUCCACUGAUCUGCUUCCCUCCAGCCAGCGGAACAGCUGACGUGUUCUAUCGUCAGAUAAUGGCUCUUUCCACUGUCGGGUUUAGGGUUAUUUCUGUUGAAUAUCCAGUGUAUUGGACGCUAAAGGAAUUCUGUGAGGGCUUCAGGCGCUUCCUUGAUCAUUUGCAACUCGAUCGGGUUCACAUAUUUGGUGCUUCCUUAGGGGGUUUUUUAGCCCAGAAGUUUGCAGAGUACACUAGCCGUUCACCAAGAAUAGCCUCCCUGAUCCUCUGUAAUGCAUUUUCUGACACAACAAUAUUUCAGCAGACAACUUCUGCAGCCACGUUUUGGAUGAUGCCAGCUCUGAUUCUGAAGAAAAUGGUAAUGGGAAAUUUUGAGCGUGGUUUUGUAGAUGCAGAUAUAGCAGAUUCCGUGGAUUUCUUAGUAGACAAGUUAGACGGCUUAACCCAGCAGGAGCUCGCAUCACGGCUUACACUUAACUGUAUGAAUGCCUAUGUGGAGCCCCAGAAACUCAAGGAGUUGGACAUUACAUUAAUGGAUGUGUUUGACGAGUGUGCAUUGUCCCACCAGGUGAAGGAGGAGAUGUAUAAGUGUUACCCUGACGCACGGAGAGCUCACCUAAAGUCAGGCGGGAACUUCCCUUACCUGAGUCGUAGUGAUGAGGUCAACAUUUACAUACAGAUCCAUCUCCAGAAGUAUGAAGGUGGGAAGUAUAGUGCCAAGGAUGCACCUAAAGUGGAUGAGUGUAGAGAAGCACAUUCCUCACAGGAGGUGUGGCAGUACAUGGGUCUGUUGGUUCUGCAGGGUGUGGCAGUACAUGGGUCUGUUGUUCUGCAGGGUGUGGCAGUACAUGGGUCUGUUGUUCUGCAGGGUGUGGCAGUACAUGGGUCUGUUGUUGUGCAGGGUGUGGCAGUACAUGGGUCUGUUGUUGUGCAGGGUGUGGCAGUACAUGGGGUGUGGCAGUACAUGGGUCUGUUGUUCUGCUGGGUGGGGCAGUACAUGGGUCUGUUGUUCUGCAUGAUGUGGCAGUACAUGGGUCUGUUGUUCUGCAGGGUGUGGCAGUACAUGGGUCUGUUGUUCUGCAGGGUGUGGCAGUACAAGGGUCUGUUGUUCUGCUGGGUGUUGCAGUACAUGGCAACUCGUCACAGUUCUUUUGCAGUGGAAAGACCAAUGAGUCACAACAGGUCACAGUUUUGUUGCUGUGGAAGGAGAGUUUUUAAUCUCCAGAGAAUCGCACCACUGAAUGAUUCACAAGAUAACUACUUGUUUUUGGAAGUACGACCGAAGAGAUGGCUGAACAUUUGUCAUUUGAACGCCAGAUCCAGAGAUGACCAGUUCAGCCGUGAACUCCUUUUGGCGGCUCAGGGUACCAACAAUGGGUUCCCAGUCAUUAGAUGCGCUAAGGUUGUUCCAAGUCCUGUUCAUACCUCUCAAAGAGUCCAAGAGGCACCAGCCCUAUCUGACACAAUGGGAUCUAACAGAGUCCAAAUGCACCUGAACACCCCUGAGUCUGUCAAAGCACGUGUGCAUUUUGACUCCAGUAUAGGUGGGGAUGAUAAAGCUGCUUCACGAUUCAUUGACGCUACUGUUGACAGGGGGCAUUCUGCUGCAAGUGUUGCCUUGUCAUUGGCAUCCCACCAGAGUUCUGCCCCUUCACCUCAUGCGCAGCUCCCAUCAUCGAAAACUGAAAAGCAUUCAUGUGAAUCUCAGAAAGAAAGUGAAAGUGUAAAGCUUGAAAUAUCCACAAGUAAUUCUCCAUCUAAACCUAAGAGUUCUCAGCAAGGAGAGAAGGAAGCUGUGUUAUUUUUCUUCCACGGGGUUGGCGGGUCCUCUGACACGUGGAGGGCCCAGAUAGAUUAUUUCUCUGCACAAGGCUAUGAGGUGGUUGCCCCAGAUCUGCUUGGGCAUGGGUUUAGCGGGGCACCUGACAAAAGGAAGGCUUACCACUUUGAGGAAAUCACAAAGGACUUAGAAGCCGUAUUUGACAAGUUCUGCAAGAAAAGAAAUGUUAUUAUUGCUCACUCAUAUGGGUGUUCAUUUGCUGUUGUGCUGGCACGGAAGCGAUCUCGGCGUGUCACCAAGAUAGUGCUGAUCAGUGGUGGAGGCCCCACCCCUUUGGCUCCCCAGCCCGGUGUGUUCAGUCUGCCAUUCUGCCUGCUUGUGUGCGUUAGACCAUGCCUUGAUUGUGGAUUUCAGCAAAGUGCCUUUCAUAAGAGUAGACGAGUGCACAGCCCAAAGGAUCAGGCCUUUGACAUCCCAACGUAUGUCCUGCGUCACAUGAUGAAUGGCCAGAGGUGGUUGGAGGGCGAUCGGGUGUUCCACAACUGGCUGAGUGUGGCUACUCUACUGAUCUACGGGAAACAUGACAAGCUGGUCACCCUUGAAGAGGAGCGGACAAUGGAGAAGACAAUCUACGGCUCAAGGCUGGAGGUGGUGGAUGGGGCUAGUCACAUGGUGAUGAUGGAACAGCCACAGGCCGUCAACUCUCUUAUCCACAACUUUCUAUUGUCAGACUUCAUGAUAGCUGGGCAGAGCUGAGGAUAGCUGGACACACCUGAGGACAGCUGGACAGACCUGAGGGCAGCUGAACAGACCUGAUGAUACCUGGUGCCUGAGCACAGCUGGUCAUAGCUGAGGACAGCUGGACAGAGCUGAGGAUAGCUAGACAGAGCUAAGCAUAGCUUGGCAGAGCUGAGAAUAGCUGAACAGAGCUGAGGCUAGUUGAUCCGAGUCAAGGAUAGCUAGACAGAGGUGAGGAUAGUUGGGCAGAAUUGAGGAUAGCUGAACAUAGCUGAGAAUAGUUUGGCAGAACUGAGGCUAGCUGGGCACAGCCGAGGAUAGCUGGUCAGAGUUGAGGCAAGCUAGACACAGCUGAGGCUAGCUGGACACAGCUGAGGAUAGCUGGACAUAGCUUAGGAUAGCUGGACAUAGCUGCGAACAGUUUGGCAGAACUGAGGC